UUACUUCCAGUUCCAGAGUGCUUUGUACAACACUCCACCACCUGUCCUCCCUCACCUUUUGAUCUGUCACAUUAACUACUUACAUUAAUUUUCAUACCAAAAAGCUUCAAACCUUUUCACUUUCAGUUAAAAAUCUUGCAUACAUACCCAUUUCAAGACUUCCUGUUCUCAUAUAACAGAUCACUGAUCUGGGUUUUGUUAUAUAACAGAUCAGUGAUAUGGGUAUUGUUUGAUAUGAUGUGAACUGGAUUUGUGAACAAAAAAAUGGCUGUUUUGGUACCUGGGGUUCUGUUAAAGUUGCUGCAACAUAUGAACACAGAUGUAAAAGUUGCAGGAGAACAUAGAUCAUCUUUGUUACAGGUUGUGAGCAUUGUUCCGGCUUUAUCAGGCGGCGAGUUGUUUCGAAAUCAAGGGUAUUAUCUUAAGGUAUCUGAUUCAUCUCAUGCCACUUAUGUAUCUUUACCUGAUCAAAGUGUUGAUCUUAUAUUGAGUGAUAAGAUCCAGUUGGGUCAGUAUAUACAUGUCGAACGGCUCGAGUCAGCCACUCCGGUUCCGGUUUUACGCGGGGUUAAACCGGUUCCAGGUAGACACCCUUGUGUUGGAACACCUGAAGAUAUUGUUGCUACACAUUCUUUAGGGUUUCUUAAUAGUAGUUCUAAGUUAGUUGGUAAUGUCAAAAAGGAUAGUGUUAUUAGUGCUUCCAUUGGAAAAUCAAGAUCACAAUUGUCGAAAUUGGUAUUGAAUUCGAGUGAUUCGAGGGCGAAAGUCAAACCGUCGAAUGGUUCGAGGUCAAUUCCUUCAUCUCCUACUAGUGGUUACACUUUGUCUACUUCUUUUGAGAAGUUUUCGAGUGCGGUUAAGCAUCAGUCGAAGAUCAAAGGAUCUGAUAAGGAGAUUGGAAAGUUGAGUUUAGGGAGCGCGAGUCCGCGUUUAAAGAAAUCCGGGAUUGGUAGCUCUAUAAAGAGUUUUGUUCAAGGUAUUGAGUUGGGACCGAAGGCGUUGAGGAAGAGUUGGGAAGGUAAUGUGGAUGUCAAGACGCCGAGAUUGAAGGUCGUUAUGAACGAUUCAAAGGCUGAAGCUCGAAAUUCUUUUUCCGGUCCAAGGAAAUCUACAAGUGAAAGGAUGGCAUCUCCGUCUCUUAAAGAGGAAUCAUCAUCACCUGCGAAGUCGCUUAAAGAGGUAAGGACACCUGCAAAGAGAGGAGAAACGGUUGAUCAUCAUGACGCUUCCGAUAACAAGCAAAAACCGUCGCCCGGAAGGAAGUCAUCAGCUGAGGCAUCUGCAAAUGGCCUACCUAGAAACUUGGUCAAAGUUUCUCUUAGUAACACACGGUUGACCGAUGCAACUGCUUCAUGGUCUUCACUCCCGUCUUCUCUUGCAAAGCUUGGGAAGGAAGUCCUCAAGUAUAGAGAUUCUGCCCAAAUUGCCGCCGUAGAAGCCAUACAAGAGGCGUCAGCUGCAGAAACGUUACUUCAAUGUAUAAGCACAUAUUCUGAGUUGCGUUCGUCUGCAAAAGAAGACAACCCGCAGCCUACUGUGGAGCAGUUUUUGGCGCUAAAUGACAGCUUGAAUCACGCUCAUCGCGUUUCUGAAUCUUUAUCCAAAACUACUCUGCUCGGUUCAACAUCAGAUCACGAAGAAAACCCAUCCGAAGAACAACUGAAAGUAUCUUCGGAAAGACGUAAACACACAACGUCUUGGGUCCACGCUGCAAUGCUUACCAACUUAUCAUCCUUUUCGUUAUACGGCAAACAAUCCAAGUUAACCCCUUGGAUCUCACCGUCUUCAACCCCCAGUACCGCUCGGCCGGUGCUAGUACUCGAGGGGUCCUCCACGAAUACCAUAUCACCGAAAACCCAAGACAAGCCCCGGAAGUCAACCGGGUCAAAGGUGGUCAACCCAUCGACCCCGCGAAGACAAACCGUGGGACCAAAUGUUCAACAAAAGGCAAAGGUGGUUGAAGUUGAACCUCCACGCGAAUGGGAAAGAGGGGCUGGUUUUGAGGAGGCGAUUGACUUGGCACGCAUACUUAAAAUGGAGUCUCAAGAUUGGUUCUUGGGGUUUGUUGAAAGAUUCUUGGACGCUGACGUGGACACCUCGAGGUCUUUGUCUGAUAACGGUCAGAUUGCGGGCAUGCUGAGUCAGCUGAAAAGCGUAAACGAGUGGUUAGACGUGAUUGGAUGUCACAAGGAUGAAGAAGAGGAGGAGGAAGAAAGUCGUCAUAGUGUCUCUGCGGAGACGAUUGAUAGGAUACGGAAGAAGAUUUAUGAUUAUCUUCUGACUCAUGUUGAAUCUGCUGCAGCUGCACUUGGUAAACCUUGAACAACCAACACUAAAACAUGACUCAUUUGACUGACUGAAGAUGAUUGUUGUUGUUUUUCAAUUUCUUUUUGUGUAAGUAAAGUCAUCAAUGAAUGUAUACAAAGAUGAGUUUUGAUAGACUGAAUAAAAAUAAAGUUUAAAAAAGUGAUUAUUGCAAUGGAAUUCAAUGAAA